UCCAACAAAGCCUUUGGCUCCUUUCUCGUCAGACUGCCGUUACAGUAUGGCACCCGGACAUUAUUCUUAUUCUCUGGACCUUCAUUGUCACCCAGACCGACAGACCAGCAGUCCUUGUCUGCUGUGUGAGCCAAACGCGUUAAGAUUGAGUCACUGCAACCUCUCAGAGAGAAGCUGUGAUGCUCUGUCCUCAGUUCUCAACUCUGUUUCCUCUUGUCUGAAAGAGCUGGACCUCAGUAACAAUAACCUACAGGUCUCAGGAGCAAAGUUUCUGUCUGCUGCACUGCAGAGUCCACAUUGUACACUUGAAAUACUCAGAUUGAGGAGCUGUGGUUUGUCAGAGAUCAGCUGUGAUUAUCUGGCAGCAGCUCUGAAGUCCAACCCCUCCCACCCGAGUGUGCUCGAUCUGAGUGGACACUACAACAACCUGCAGGAUUCAGGAGUGAAACAAUUGUGUGUUCUUCUGGAGAAUCCACGAUGUCGAUUUGAAACUCUGAGAUUGGGGAGCUGUGGUUUGUCAAAGAUCAGCUGUGGUUAUCUGGCAGCAGCGCUGAAGUCCAACCCCUCCCAUCUGAGAGAGCUCGACCUGAGUAAUGACUACCUGUCCUUGACUAGGAACAACAACCUGCAGGAUUCAGGAGUGAAGCAGCUGUGUGGUUUUCUGGAAAGUCCAGGAUGUGGACUUGAAACUCUGAGAUUGAGUUACUGUGGUUUGUCAGAGACCAGCUGUGACUAUCUGGCAGCAGCGCUGAAGUCCAACCCCACCCAUCUAAGAGAGCUGGACCUGAGGAGAAACUACAGCCUGCAGGAUCCAGAUGUGAAGCAGCUGUCUGAUCUUCAGGAGAGUCCAGACUACAGACUGGAGACUCUGAGGUGGAGCUGAUGAUGGUAAACAGGACGGUGUGUGUGCUGAGAGAGGAGCAGCUGUGUCCUGA